AUGGAUCCCUUAGAUGAUAUCUCGCGGGCGGUGACACCCUCAACGGAGAAGAUGCCGGCAACGACCGUAGCCCAUGGCUGGCGACUUAAGGACAAGAUCCACGAGCUACAGCAACGAGACCAAGCAGCCGGACUCAAGAAGCGCGAGCUAGGCGUUACGUGGACCGAUUUGACCGUACGAGUCCCAGAUGCCGAGGUUGCUUGUCACGAAAAUUGCCUUUCGCAAUUCCACCUCGCCUCGCGCAUACGUCGAAUGCGCCAUCAGGCGCCGAUGCAGACCAUACUCCACCAUAGCCACGGUUGCGUUCUUCCUGGCGAGAUGCUUUUGGUGCUCGGUCGUCCUGGGUCAGGAUGCUCGACUUUGCUCAAAAUCCUUUCGAACCGCCGGAAGGGCUUCUCUGAGAUUGAUGGCAACGUGUUCUUCGGCAGCAUGACGCACAAGGAAGCCGAGGCGUAUCGAGGACAAAUUAUAAUGAAUGAUGAGGAAGAGAUUUUCUUCCCAUCUCUCACCGUCGGACAGACUCUGGAUUUUGCCACCAAAUUGAAGGUCCCCUCCCAUCACAGCGCCGCAUCAGAUCAGGAGUAUUCCGACGAGACCAAGCAUUUCCUUCUCGACUCCCUCGGUAUUGCUCACACGGCCAAUACCAAGGUGGGAAAUGAGUAUAUUCGUGGUGUAUCGGGUGGUGAGAGAAAGCGUGUCUCGGUCUUGGAGUGUUUGGCAUCUCGUGCCUCCGUCUUUUGCUGGGACAACAGUACUCGUGGACUAGAUGCUAGCAACGCGCUGGAGUGGGCCAAGGCAAUGCGAGCAAUGACGGAUGUCCAUGGUCUGUCGACGAUCGCGACUUUGUAUCAGGCCAGCAACGACAUCUUUAACCUGUUUGACCAGGUUCUCAUUCUAGAUCAGGGAACUCAGAUCUUCUACGGCCCUAGAGAGGAAGCUCGGGGUUUCAUGGAAGACCAAGGUUUCAUCUGUCACGAUGGUGCCAACGUGGCAGACUUCCUUACAGGCGUCACGGUACCAACUGAGCGGCAAAUUCAGCCCGGCUACGAGAAACAAUUCCCUCGGAAUGCAGAUGAGAUCUACAAUCGAUACCGUCAUUCUCCUACAUACGCCGGCAUUACAGACAAAUAUCAGUAUCCAGACAGCCAGCUUGCCCAAUCCCGCACAAGAGACUUCAAAACUUCCGUUGAGCACGAACAGCACUCCAUCCAGAGCGUACAUAACGUGGCGUUCGCUUCUCAGGUUUGGAUAUGCGUUGUACGCCAGUAUCAGAUCCUCGUUGGCGAUCUUGCCACGUUCCUGAUGAAACAGGGUGCGUCGCUGAUCCAGGCCCUAGUGGCAGGAUCGCUAUACUACAACGCACCAAGCGACAGCACCGGGCUUUUUCUUAAGGGCGGAAUACUCUUCUGGUCUUUGCUCUACUACUGCCUUACGGCCAUGUCAGAGGUGGUUGACUCCUUUAGCGGCCGACCCGUCAUCCUCAAGCACAGGACCUUUGCCUAUUUCCAUCCAGCGGCAACCUGCAUGGCUCAGAUAUCUGCCGACGUGCCAGUUGUACUCUUCCAGAUCACUGUUUGGUCAUUGAUUGUCUAUUUCAUGGUUCAUCUGACGCCAUCAGUUGGUGCCUUCUUCACCUACUGGCUGAUUCUAGUCAUGAACAACCUGUGCUCAAUUGCCAUGUUUAGAGCCAUUGGCGCCGCAUCUGGAACUUUUGAUGGAGCUUCCAAAAUUUCCGGAUACGUCAUCUCCGCAAUGGCCAUGUACACAGGUUAUCAAAUCACCAAGACCCAGAUGCGCCCGUGGCUCGGCUGGCUAUACUGGAUCAAUCCCCUAUCGUACGGGUUCGAGGCUUUGAUGGGGAACGAGUUGCAUCUCAAGGUCAUUGAUUGUGCCCAGGUCAACCUGAUACCUCACGGAGCGUCUUAUACAGACACUGUGCACCAAGCCUGUGCCGGCGUUGGCGGAGCCGAGCCAGGAGCCACUGCCGUCAACGGCGACGAUUACCUCGCAUCGCUCAGCUACCGACACUCCAACGUAUGGCGUAACUUUGGAAUUCUAUGUGCCUGGUGGAUAUUCUACGUCGCCAUAACAGUCGUUGCGACCAUGUGCUGGAGCGAAUCGUCUUCGUCCGGGGCCUCGUUACUCAUCCCGCGGGAGAAGUUGAAGCAGCAUCAACAGAAGCGUUUGGACGACAACGAAGCUCAAGUGUCCGAUGGACCGGACGACAACUCAGGCUCGGGCACGGAAACGCUCGGGAUGUCCACAGAUCAGAUAGCCCAAAGCUCCGCAGUCUUCACCUGGAAGAACCUCAGCUACACGGUUCGGACAUCUUCAGGUCCAAUGACACUGCUCCACAACGUGCACGGCUGGGUCCAGCCAGGGACACUCACGGCCCUGAUGGGCUCCUCGGGGGCGGGCAAGACGACAUUGCUCGACGUUCUGGCCCAGCGGAAGACCGAGGGCAGGAUCAAUGGCUCAGUCUUGGUAAACGGUCGACCCUUACCCGUCUCCUUUCAGAGGUCCACUGGCUAUGUUGAGCAGCUGGACGUGCACGAGCCCUUUGCAACGGUUCGAGAGGCUCUCGAAUUCUCGGCUCUGCUUCGCCAGCCCCGGGAUACGCCGAAGCAGGAGAAGUUAAAGUACGUGGACAUUAUCAUCGACAUGCUGGAGCUCCACGAUCUCGCGGAUACCUUGAUCGGCCAGCCCGGCACUGGAAACUCCCUCAAUGUCGAGCAGCGAAAGAGACUUACAAUCGCGGUUGAGCUCGUCGCUAAGCCAAAGUUCCUGAUCUUCCUUGACGAGCCCACGUCCGGUUUGGACGGCCAGUCGGCUUAUAAUACAGUACGAUUCCUGCGGAAGCUCGCCGACGUAGGACAAGGUGUUUUGGUUACGGUGCAUCAGCCGUCUGCGCAGCUAUUCUCCCAAUUCGACCGCCUUCUUCUCCUAGCAAGGGGCGGUAGAACCGUCUACUUUGGAGAUAUUGGACACAAUGGACAGGUCAUACAGAAAUAUUUUGGGCGUCACGGCGCGCACUUCCCGCCCGGCGUCAAUCCUGCAGACUACAUGAUUGACGUAGUGUCGGGGCGCCUCUCUGACACGGACUGGCAUGAAAUUUGGCUCAAGUCCCCAGAGCACGCCCAAACGCUCACGACACUGAACACUAUGCUCGAGCCCACGUUCUCCGACCAAAUUGACCACGACGCCGAGCAUGAGUACGCCAUGCCGCUGUGCGAACAGACCCAUGUUGUCCUCCGGCGGAUGAGCAUCGCGUUAUUUCGGAAUACCGGAUAUGUCAACAACAAGGUCAUGCUGCACAUUGGCCUAGGUAUUUUCAACGGUUUUACGUACUGGAUGAUUGGCAAUGCUGUUGGUGACCUCCAGCUCCGGCUAUUUACGGUUUUUGUCUGGAUGUUCGUGGCGCCCGGCGUCAUCAAUCAGUUACAGCCACUUUUCAUCGAGCGGCGCAACCUAUACGACGUGCGCGAGAAAAAAGCACGAAUCUACUCCUGGAAGGCUCUUGUCAUGGCCCUGAUCGUGUCUGAGCUGCCAUACCUGGUCAUUUGUGGAGUUUUAUAUUUCGUAUGCUGGUACUACACCGUUGGCUUUUCGUCUGAUACUCAGACGGCCGGUGCUGCAUUCUUCAUCGUCCUUGUCUAUGAGCUCCUGUAUACCGGAAUAGGCCAGUUCAUUGCCGCAUGGGCGCCCAACGCCGUGUUUGCUUCGCUGCUUAACCCACUGCUCGUCGGUGCGUUGGUUUCGUUUUGCGGCAUCCUUGUCCCCUACCAGCAGAUUACCGCAUUUUAUCGGUACUGGCUGUACUACCUUAACCCAACGACGUACUUGGUCGGGAGCAUGUUGACAUUUGUUGUCUCGGAUGCCGAGGUGGAAUGCGAGGAGCGCGAAUUUGCCCUGUUUAACCCGCCGGUAAACUCGACUUGCCUAGAUUAUCUCAACGACUACUUAACCGAGUCUGGUGCGAACUUGAUUAACCCAGAAGCGUCGUCUGGAUGUAGAGUCUGUCCCUAUACUAAGGGGGGCGAUUACCUCCGCACUUUAAACUAUAAGGACUCCUCUUACGGAUGGAAUCUUCCUCUUAAUGAAGUUAAGAACAAAGAGCUCGAAACAGGCUAA